AUGAUCGACCACGUCUUGGGAAGGCCGUCGGUCAAGUCGCGCCGCCUCCAAGUGCUGGCGGUGCUGGCUUUCUGGUCAGCAUACAUCUUCCGAGGACAUCCCCAUGGCCCGCCCGUGAUCCGUUUCCUCUCGAAGCUGACGACCAAGCGCCUCACUACAUGGCAGACGGUCGUCAUCACAAUGAUCUAUCUCUACGCAGCUCGGCACUUCAGCACUCUUGUCGGCCUUGCGAGCCCCGAACCCAUGGCCAACAUGUACGAUGCCACCUACUUUCGCGCCACAUGGAUAUUGACCGCCUUGGAUGCCGGCUUCUGGACCGCCAUGAAGAUUCGCGCAAAGUGGCUGCGCGACCUCGCCAGCAUCGUCUUCUCCGUUUUCUAUAUGUUCGCCGCCGAGAAGGCCGAUGAGAAAGUGCGCAAGGUGCGCGGCAUGUUGACCGUCGAGCACCUGCGCGUGUCGUGGGAUAAGGGAACGACACCUUACCUGCGCUUCUUCCAAGGCCUCAUGCGACCCCGCUUCUCCCGCUGGCCGCCACGCGCCAUCCGUAUCCCGCGACCUGCGGGCAGUGAUUACAAGGAGCCCGUGUCGGCUUGGCUCUAUUUCGAUGGCCCCUUGACGGAUCUCGCCCGGCACAACAGGAUCGUACUGGAUAUCCCCGGCGGUGGCUUCGUAGCCAUGGACCCUCGCUGCAAUGACGACAAGUUAUUCGCUUGGGCGUCCAAGACGGGAAUGCCUGUUCUGAGUCUGGAUUAUAAAAAGGCCCCCGAGUUCCCAUACCCCUAUGCCUUAAACGAGUGUUUCGAUGUGUACACCACCCUUAUCCGUAGCAAGGGAAGAUGCAUCGGCAUGUCCGGGAGAGAGACGCCCAGGGUCGUCCUGACGGGCGACAGUGCCGGCGGCAACCUGGCGACGGCGACAACCUUAAUGAUCGUCGAGCGAACCUCGGUCCCUAUGCGCCGCUACUCGAGCACGGGAGAUCUGCCGCUGCCGGAUGGCCUGGUUCUCUUCUACCCGGCACUCGACAUGAACAUUGGAAACUGGAUGUCAGACGAGCAAAUGUCGCUGAUGAAGGACAGAAGGCUGAGGAGCACCAACCAGUCCAUCAUUAGAAGGAAGAGCGCGCAGUACAAUGACCUGAUCGGCACACCCCACCAAACAGAUGACGAGGACGAUGGCUCGAAUAAGCAAUCUACGGAAUUGACCGCCAAGGAGGUCGAGAUUGCGUCACAACAGGCCCUGGCCAGCCCCCAUCCCGAAUACUCGCAUGGCGGCCCUCAAGGGCCUUCCAACUCGCAGUUCUCGACCGCCGACGCCAAGCGCAAGCAGAGCACUUCCCACCACUCGGAGCCCCUGCGAACCCGCCUCGCCAUGUCCUCCAUGAUCUCUUACUUCAACGAUCGCGUGCUCACCCCCGAGAUGAUGCGCGCCAUGAUCAUCCUCUACAUUGGCCCCCACAACCGCCCCGACUUCAGCAAAGACUACCUUCUCUCCCCCGUCCUGACCCCCGACUCUCUCCUCGCCCGCUUCCCCAAGGUUUACUUCCUGACGGGCGAGCGGGACCCGCUCGUCGACGAUACCGUCAUAUUCUCCGCGCGUCUGCGCAAGGUCAAAGAGUCCAUGUUCGACCAAGCCCGUUCUGAGCGCUCCGACUUUGGCGACGGCCUCGAACCUGUUUUCAAUCCCAAGGACGUCGCCGAGGUGAUGCUUAUCCCCGGUAUCUCUCACGGCUUCUUGCAGUUCCCCACCGUCUACCCGCCGGCGUGGCGGCACUUUGAGAGGUCCGCCGAGUGGAUCACGGAGAUCUUUGCCUCCGCCGACGCCGUUCACGAGCGCGAGAGCCGUGGACGCCGACGAGCCGGCGGGCCCGUCACAAAUGGCAACACCGAAGGCCGUCACCACACCCGUGCCGAGUCGAGCGGUGACGAGGAUCGUCCGUUGGAGAUUGGCAUGACAAGGGCUAAUCGGAGGAACACGCUGACUCAGGAGCCGCAGCCCAUGGACGAGAGCGAGUCUAUUGUAGAGAAAGCCGAAACAGGCGGCAAGAAGAAGAACGGCCGGGCCAGAGCCGCGACCAAGAGCGCUAGUGCGAGCCUGGUGAAGCUCAAGAGCACAGAUGACCUGCUCGGCAGGAGGAUGCAAGGGCUUGCCGGCGGUCUCACGGGCGUAGGGGGGCAAGAGUGA